ACCCGUUCUCAUGUCAGGCACCAAUAACACGGGUGGGGUGUUCUGUCCGUCCCACCAGCCUCGCUGAGCUUUGCUGCGCUGCUUUCUUUUCCCCCACCGUCCCACGGACCCCCUGUGCAAUGCUGUCGCAGCGGCAGCUCAAAACCUCCAAAACUCUGACAUAUUGACAUUUCUUUUUUGCCUUGGAGAACUUCAACCUGUGGAUUACAUGGAUCAGGAAACAAGAGUGCAACCUCCAAGCAGAAAUGGAAUAAUUUACUAACUUAGACACUUUUUUAAAAAAAAAACUGGAUGUUUACUGGAUUUAUACUGAAGUUGAGAAUAUCCAGUCAGGUCUCCAUGUGGAGGCGUCACCCCCAGAACCAAGGAUAAUACCUGACGUUAUCGUUAUAUCACCAUGGCUGAAGGAGCCAAAUCAGCCUCCUCCACUGCGGCCACUGCGGCCGAUGGAGCGGCAGCUCAACCGAGGGCCUCCCUCAGGGCCAAAGGUGUGGGACUCCUCCGGAAGGUCAAGGUGUCCGUGGAGCUGCUGGUUGCGCUGGUGGCUCUUCUGUCCUGGGGGGUUGUGGGAGUGGUGAUGUUUGACUUUGUGGAGUACAAGACCGUCCCUGACAUUCAGCAAGUGAUUGCGGACCCUGUUCAAGCCGUGAACAACGCCGUUGACGAAGUUUCCAGUCUGCUCCAUAAGUUUCAAGAAUGUGCUCCUGAUCUAAGCGACCCCAUGUCUGCCGCCACCUACGCAGCUGAGGAAAUAUCGGAAGCAAAAGACGGAUUCGUCCGAUAUUUUUCAGAUGAGGAGGGAAACUUCUACCUCAGCUACGUGGACCCUGUGGUGAUCGGCAGAGGAGCUUUCCAUUCGGCUAAUGACUUGAUGGGUGAAGCAGCGGGCUCCUUCAGGGACACAGUGUGUGCUGCGGUGGACACCGUUCUGGGCACUAUCACGAAUAUAAAUAAAGGACAAACUGACCUCAGCUACGUUGACCCUGUGGUCAUAGGCAGAGCUGCCUUCAGUGUUACUAAUGAGUCCAUCUGUGGGGUGAUGGGCUACAUCCAGGACAUGCUCUGCAGGAUUCUAGACUCUAUUCUGGAUGUCGUUAAAGGAUCCUCUGAUAUUAGCUUCAUGGACCCUGUGGUUAUAGGGAGGAAUGUCUUCCAGAGUCUUGAUGACACUGUGAGUGGAUUAGUGGGCCACAUCCAGGACGCGCUGUGCUCAGUCUUAGACAGCACACUGGAUGUCACAAAAGGAUCCACUGACCUUAGCUUCAUCGACCCUGUGGUUAUUGGCAGAAAUGCCUUCAGUGCCACUAAUGACUUUACUAGUGAAAUAACAGGAGGCAUCCAGGAUGUGCUCUGUUCAGUCCUGGAUGCAAUACUGGACACAUUAAAAGACUUCCAGGACGCUGUGGGAUUCCAUCCUGUCUCAGUUCUCAAGAGAACUGCAGAGGUCACCUUAGAACCAAUAAACAUGCUCAUAGGCUACAUCUCCACGUCACUGAUUGGAGAAGAAGGCAUCGUGCCUGAUGUUUCCAUUGACCCCAUGAAGGUUGUGGAAGAUGCUUUGUUGGAGGUCACAGACAAGAAGGAUUUGAUCUUGGCCUACAUGUCGAGCAUGCUUGUUGGGGAUCAAGGUGAGCCUGUUGCCACUCCAGGUGUAAAUGUAGUAACAGAAAAAGAUGAAACUGUAGUUGCACCGUCUGAUAUGAAAUUGAUAAGAAAAGAAGGUGAAUUCCUGCCCCCCUUUGACAAAGUUCUCCUAGAUGAAAUGGAACGAGAUGCCAUAAAAGAAGUUAAGGAAGCCAUUAUUGAAGAAGAAAAGCCAAAGAAGAAACCCCUGAGAGCAGGGAAAGAUAUCCAGAAACUGACUAUAGGAGAAGCUAAAAUGAAAAAAGAAGAGAAGGAAGUCAAGAAACAAACUAAAGAAAGGGAGGAAGCAAAGAAACUUCUCAAAGAAGAGAAGAAAAUAAAGAAGGCUCUCAAAGAAGAGAAGGAAGUCAAGAAACAUGUUAAAGAAAGAGAGGAAGCAAAGAAACCUCUUAAAGAAGAGAAGAAAAUAAAAGAACCUCGCAAAGAAGAGAAAGAAGUCAAGAAACGUGCUAAAGAAAGGGAGGAAGCAAAGAAACAUCUCAAAGAAGAGAGGAAAAGGAAGAAGCCUCUCAAAGAAGAGAAAGAACUCAAGAAACAAACUAAAGAGAGGGAGGAAGCAAAGAAAACUCUCAUAGAAGACGAGAAGAUAAAGAAACCUCUCAAAGAAGUGAAGGAAGUCAAGAAACAACCCAAAGUAAGGGAAGAAGCAAUGAAACCUCUUAAAGAAGACGAGAAAAUGAAGAUACCUCUCAAAGAAGAGAAGGAAGUUAAGAAACAACCCAAAGAAUUGACUGAAGCAAAGAAAUCUCUGAAAAAAGAGAAAGCAGACAAAAAACAAACCAAAAAGGAGGAGAAGACAAAGAAACCUUUUAAAGAAGAGAAGGAACAAAAGAAGCUUCUCAAAGAAGACAAGGAAGAAAAGAAACUUCCUGCAAAAGAGAAAAAAAUCAAGAAACCACAUGAACAUGUAAAGGAAUCUAAAAAACAACUUAGAGAGAGGAAAGUAAAGAAACUUGUCAUAGUAGUCAAGAAGGAAAAGAAACCUCUCACAAAACCAUCUAAAAAAGAGAAACAAGUCGAUAAACCUCGAGUAGAAAAAAUAAUCUUAAAACCGUUUAGAGAAGAUAAAAACAUCACAAAGCCAUCACAACGAAACGCAGAAGAUAAGAAACCUAUUAAGGAAGAGAAGCUUCUUAAACAAAGAAAAGAAGCCAAGACUCACAGAGUAGAAAAAGUAAUUUUAAAAGCUCUCAAAGAUGAUAAGAACAUCACAGUGCCACCUAAACAAGAUAAAGAAGUCACAAAACCUCACAAAGAAAAGAAGGUAAUCAAAGAACCAUCCAAAAAAGAGAAGGAGGUUAAGAAACCUCAAAAAGAAAAGAGGGAAGUCAGGACACCUCACAAAGAAAAGAAAACGAAAGAACCAUCCAAAGAAAAGGAAAUCAAGAAACCUCAAUUAAAGAAGGAAACCAAAAAAGAGAAGGAAGUCAAGACUCCUACCAAAGAAAAGAAGGAAACCAAACAAUCUCCCAAAGAGGUUAAAAAACCUCACAUAGUAGAAAAAGUGAUCUUAAAACCUCUCAGAGAAGAUAAAAACAUGACAAAAGCCCCACAACAAAAAUCAGAAGUCAAGAAACCAAUCAAAAAACAUCUGAAAGAAAAGAAAGACCUUAUGACAUUUCUUAAAAGGAAAGAAACAAAGAAACCUCUUAAAGAUGAGAAAGAAGUUAAAAAGCUGCCCAAGGUAGAAAAAGUAGUCCUGAAACCUCCCAAAGAAGAUAGAAACAUCACAGUACCACCUAAACAAGAUAAAGAGGCUAAGGAGUCUUAUAAAAAAAAGAAGGAAACCAAACAACCAUCUAAAGAAGAGAGGCAAGACAGGAAAUCCCCAAAAGAAAAGAAGGAAACCAAAGAACCUUCUAAGGAAAAGAAAGAAGAUAAGAAACCUCUCAAACAAGAAAAGGAAACCAAACAACCUCCUAAAGAAAAGAAGGAAGUUAAGAAACCACACAAAAAAGAGAAGGAAGUCAAGGAAACUACCAAGGAUAAGAAGGAAACCAAAGAACAAUCUAAAGAAAAGAAACAACCUAAGAAACCUCUCAAAGAAAAGAAGGAACUAAAGGAACCACACAAGGAAGAGAAGAAAGUCAAGGAACCUCCCAAAGAAAAGGAACUAAAACAAUCACACAAAGAAGAGAAGAAAGUCAAGGAACCUCCCAAAGAAAAGGAACUAAAACAAUCACACAAAGAAGAGAAGAAAGUCAAGGAACCUCUCAAAGAAAAGAAGGAAACUAAAGAACCAUCUAAAGAAAAGAAAGAACUUAGGAAACCUCCCAAGGAAAAGAAGGAAACCAAACAACCACUUAAGGAAAAGAAGGAAACCAAACAACCACCUAGAGAAAAGAAAGAAACCAAAGAACCAUCUAAAGAAGAAAAAGAAACCAAAGAUUCACUUAAAGAAAAGAAGGAAGUCAAGGCACCUCCCAAAGAAAAGAAGGACACCAAAGAACAUCCCAAAGAAAAGAAAGAGACCAAAGAACCUCCCAGAGAAAAGAAACAACUAAAAGGACUACUCAAAGAAGAGAACGAAGUCAAGGAACCUGCCAAAGAAAAGAAGGAAACCAAAGAACAUCCCAAAGAAAAGGAGACCAUAGAACCUCCGAAAGAAAAGAAGGAACUAAAAGAACUACUCAAAGAAGAGAAGGAAGUCAAGGAACCUCCCAAAGAAAAGAAAGAAACCCAAGAACCUCCCAAAGAAAAGAAGGAACUAAAAGAACCACGGAAAGAAGAGAAGGAAGUCAAGGAAUCUCCCCAAGAAAAGAAGGAAACCAAACUACCACCUAAGGAAAAAAAGGAGACCAAAGAACCAUCUAGAGCAAAGAAGCAAACCAAAGAACCUCCCAAAGAAACGAAGGGAGCUAAAGAACCUCCCAAAGAAAAAAAAGAAACCAAAGAGCCUCCCAAAGAAAAGAAGGAACUAAAAGAACCACUCAAAGAAGAGAAGGAAGUCAAGGAAUCUCCCAAAGAAAAGAGGGAAACCAAAGAACCAUCUAGAUCAAAGAAGGAAGCCAAAGAACCUCCCAAAGAAAGGGAGGAAACCAAAGAACCUUCCAAAGAAAAGAAGGAAACCAAAGAACCUCUCAAAGAAAAGAAAGAAACCAAAGAACCUCCCAAAGAAAAGAAAGAAACCAAAGAAUCUCCCAAAAAAAAGAAGGAAACAAAAGAACCUUCCAAAGAAAAGAAGGAAACCAAAGAACCUCUCAAAGAAAAGAAAGAAACCAAAGAACCUCCCAAAGAAAAGAAAGAUACCAAAGAACCACACAAAGAAGAGAAGGAAGUCAAGGAAUCUUUCAAAGAAAAGAUGGAAGGUACGAAACCUCCCAAAGAAAAGAAGGAACUAAAAGAACCACUCAAAGAAGAGAAGGAAGUCAAGGAACCUCCCAAAGAAAAGAAAGAAACCAAAGAACCUCCCAAAGAAAAGAAGGAACUAAAAGAACCACGCAAAGAAGAUAAGGAAGUCAAGGAAUCUCCCAAAGAAAAGAAGGAAACCAAACUACCACCUAAGGAAAAGAAGGAGACCAAAGAACCAUCUAGAGCAAAGAAGCAAACCAAAGAACCUCCCAAAGAAACGAAGGGAGCCAAAGAACCUCCCAAAGAAAAAAAAGAAACCAAAGAGCCUCCCAAAGAAAAGAAGGAACUAAAAGAACCACUCAAAGAAGAGAAGGAAGUCAAGGAAUCUCCCAAAGAAAAGAGGGAAACCAAAGAACCAUCUAGAUCAAAGAAGGAAGCCAAAGAACCUCCCAAAGAAAGGAAGGAAACCAAAGAACCUUUCAAAGAAAGGAAGGAAACCAAAGAACCUCUCAAAGAAAAGAAAGAAACCAAAGAACCUCCCAAAGAAAAGAAAGAAACCAAAGAACCUCCCAAAGAAAAGAAAGAAACCAAAGAACCUCCCAAAGAAAAGAAGGAAAUCAAAGAACCUUCCAAAGAAAAGAAGGAAACCAAAGAACCUUUCAAAGAAAAGAAAGAAACCAAAGAACCUCCCAAAGAAAAGAAAGAAACCAAAGAACCUCCCAAAGAAAAGAAGGAAACCAAAGAACCUCUCAAAGAAAAGAAAGAAACCAAAGAACCUCCCAAAGAAAAGAAAGAAACCAAAGAACCACACAAAGAAGAGAAGGAAGUCAAGGAAUCUUUCAAAGAAGAGAUGGAAGGGACGAAACCUCCCAAAGAAAAGAAGGAACUAAAAGAACCACUCAAAGAAAAGAAGGAAACCAAAGAACCUUCUAGAGCAAAGAAGGAAACCAAAGAACCUCCCAAAGAAAAGAAGGAAAACAAUGAACAUCCCAAAGAACAGAAGGAACUAAAAGAACCACACAAAGAAGAGAAGGAAGUCAAGGAACCCCUCGAAGAAAAGAAGGAACUAAAGGAACCACACAAAGAAGAUAGGGAAGUUAAGAAACCUUCUGAAGAAAAGAGAGAAACAAAAGAGACACCUAAAAAAGUGAAGGAACAUAAGAAACCUUACAAACACGAAAAGGAAACCAAAGAUCCACACAAAGAGAAGACAGAUAAAAAACUACAACAAGAAACAAAGGAAGUCAAGAAACCUGCAAUAAAAGAAAAAUAUAUCUCAAAGCCACCUGAAGAAAAGAAACUCCCUAAAGAUGAUGUCACAAAACCACCUAAAGACGAGAAAGAACUGAAAAAAACCCUAAAAGAAACAAAGGAAGUCAAGGAAACACCCAAAGUUGAAAAAGAUAAAAGACCUUUCAAAGAAAUAGAGACCAAGAAAUUAACUGAAGAACAGAAGGAAGUAAAGAAACCAUCCAAAGAGGGAAAAACACUCAAACUAACUUUAUCACCUAAAGAACACAGAGAACUGUCUAUAAAGGCAGAAAAAGUACCACAGAAGCUGGAAAAAGAUGUAGACAAACCUAAAAUGGCUGCAACAAGGGUGAAAGUGGUCAGGAAGGAUGUUGUAUCUGUUCUAAAGAAGGAACAUCACAACAUCACAAAAGCAGAAGUUCCAAGGGACAAGGCCAAAGCAGCGCCCAAAAAGAAAGGCCCAGUUGAAAAGGUCGUAUUGGACAAAGAAGCCAAAGUCAAAGCAGUAUCUGUAAAGAAAACUGAGGUUUCAAAACUGAAGCGUAAAGCAGCCGUGACAAAGAGAGAACCUGCUCCACUCAAGACAAAACCAACCCAAACACUUAAAGCAGAAACACCGCCAAAAAAUGUCUCGCUACCAACAGAGAAGGUGAAGGUGGUCCCAUUAAAGAAAGUAGCUGCAGUUCUAAAGGAGAAAAAGGUGGAGCCAGUAAUUCUCAAAAAAGCACCUGUUAUCAAGGCAAAACUAAAACCUGCUGCCCAGAAGAAAGAAACUGAGGUGAAGCCAGUUCUGGUCAAAAAAGUUACAGUACAAGAAGUUAGAAAGGAAAGGCCCAAACCAGCUGCGGAAAGAAAAGCUCCGUCUAAAACAGAGCAAGAAGCAAGAAAAGAAAAAGUCAAAUCCCUCCUAAAGAAGAAAGAGCCUAAAGCAGCAGUGGAGAAAGUCAGACGUGCUGUAACUAAAGGUGGUGCAGCCACGUUGAAGGCAAAGCCCAAACGAGUCCAUGUGAAGAAAGAACUGGAGCCUCCUAGAGAAAAGGAAAAGCCUGUUGCAGUGAAGAAAGCCAUGUUGAGGGAAAAGAGCAAACCCCUCCAUGUAAAAAGAGUUGGUAAAACAGAGCCUGAGGUUUCAAAAGUCAAGGCUACAACCCCUGUAACAGUGAAAGAUAAACCUGUUGAGAAGAAAUAUAAAGAGGAGAAGACUAAAGUAGACAGAGUUCUGAAAGAGAUCCAGGUGUCUGCAAAGAAAGAAAAACCAGUUGAAAAGAAGGAGGAGAAAGUAAAAGAGCCCGCUGUGUCCGACAGCUUCUUCAUGGAAGAGGAGCUGCCCUACUUCCAGUGCUUCUUCGUGGACGAGGACGAGGCCCAGUUUCCCUUCUACGCCUUCUCGCCGCUGCAGCUGUGAGGCUCCGGUCUGAGGUCCGCGUGAGGUCACGUCACCCCAGCAGAAGAGGGGGAACUAUGCCAUUUCUUUCCACAUUUGGUUGAGCUCUCGUACCAAACAUGCAGCCGGUGUCGCUCCUUUCCUGUCAUUGUUCUGCUCUUUCGAUGGUGCAAUAUCUUAAAAGUAGCCACAUGAUUAGCGAAUGUGCAACAGUGUCACAAACAGGGCACAACGGCCUGAUUUCCAUCAUUCUUUAUAGAACUGUACACAUUUUUCUCAACUGGGAAUCAGACACAUACAAGUGUUUGUUUGUUUUUGCUUUUUUUAUCAUUGAUUUAUACUUGAAAAGGAAUGACGAUGCGCUGUAUGGAGAGCUCCCGAUCCUACUGACGAAAAACUAGCAGAGGUGUGACGUUAUUACAGCCUUAAACUGUACCCACUCUGCAUUUUUAUAUCGGUGCUAGUGAUGACUAACCUCGCCAAAUGAGGACUGAGGUUAUUUUUAUGCAUUUCUACCAUCAAGGAUCAGAUUAAUUCUAAUUCUUCUAUUAUAACGACUGUGCGUGCACUAAUUGUACCACAGUCUUUUAUUAGUCAAUAAAUGGGAUACAUGGGUUUUGUGGCCAGACACACUGUCCAGCCACAAAGGCCGCUGGAGAUGUAGCUGAUGGGAUGACAAAUGUUUAUUUUCAUUGUGUUAAGUGAAUCGUAAUCACCAUGUGCAAUACACAGAUUUUUAUCUGACUGAUGGAAACACUAUGUUUAUCUCAGCGUCUAUAAUUGUAAUGUGCAUGAAGUGUGUGUGUGUUUUAAGCACACGUGACCUUUUCAAUUAGUAAUUAAAAUAUUGUCUCUCAGUGGUGCUGACAGUACCACAUGCUGUACCUUAGCAUUUGUAUUUAUUCUUAUUGUAAAUAAUAAAAAUAUUGUUUCACCCUUCAGCCUCCAAAUCUAAACACAUUAUGUAUAAUUUGUCAAUUACACCUUAAAUCUGCUUGUGAAUAGUUGCAAACUGAUAUUAAAACAGUAAUGCAAGUUU